CCCCCUUACACGACGCAAUAAAUCCCUCCAAGAAGCCACCAGUUUUAGUAAAGAGAUUUUUGAGGAUGAGAAAGAGAGUAGAAGAAAGAAGCGAGAGAAGUUAACGUCGGAAGAGAGAAAAUCGGAGUCAAGAUUCGAGUUUUUGAAGGCGUUUAAGACAGAUAUAAUGUCACAUAAAUAAUUCUUAUAUUAGCUUGAAAGAUAUACGAGAGAAACAUAGGAAAUAAAGACCUGAUAGAUGCAAUGAUUUCUAAGAAAGAGAAACUUAAUAAGGAAAAAUAAGUAUGCUAAGAUGCUGACUCCAACUAUCCGGAACAGUAGAGUUUUGAACAACCUUGGAAGUGCAUUCAAAAUCACUAGGGUGAAGUCUAAAAAGCCAUCACAUUGGGAUUCACAACAAAUUAGGCCUAGUUUAUUUCCUAAAACAGGUGAGCAGGCUAUUGAGGGAUUCAAAGUCACAAGGAAUCACCUCAAAUGUUUAGAUCCUUGAGAUAGAAGAUAUAAUAUUGAUGUUAAUCUUCCUACACAAAGUCAAGAAUUUGGGUAUCAACUUGCAAGGUCAAAACCAAUUCUUUCUAAGAAUGACUUUAGUAGUAGUACUGAAAACAUCAGGAAUAUUGGUCUUCAGGCGAGUACCCAAGAUCUCCUCCUAAACGGAGAGAAUAACGAGUAUACUUACAUUGAGCAAGAACGGAAGGGAAGAACAGUUGUAUUCAAAAAUCUUUCAAUUUAG